AUGAUUACAGGAGAUGUUGAUAGUUCACUUUCCGCAGACGAAAUCGCUCUUUAUGACAGACAAAUCAGGCUUUGGGGUAUGGCUGCUCAGGCACGUAUGCGGUUGGCGAGAGUACUUUUGAUCAAUCUAAGUUCCAUUGGCACAGAAAUUUGCAAAAAUAUUGUAUUGAGUGGUCUGGGGUCUCUGUGCAUUUUAGACUCGCAUGCUGUCACAGAGGAGGACUUGGGCUCUCAAUUUUACCUCAGCAAGCAAGAUGUAGGAUUGAAAAGAUUGGACGCCGCUAAAAAUAGGAUUCUUGACCUAAAUCCCAGAGUUAACGUAACUUUCGAUGUGCAAGAUUUUUCUAGUAAACCGUUAGCGUAUUUCAAAGACUUUGAUCUGGUGAUCGGUACUCAAUUAACGAAGAAUGAAAUGGUGAGGCUCAACGAGAUUACUAGACAUUUCAAUCUCCCAAUAUACUUGACAGGUUCCAAUGGUCUAUUCGGUUAUAUAUUUGUGGAUCUGAUAGAGUUUCAUGCUGAAGAGCAGAAAAUUAAAAGCGCAAAAGCAACAGCUGUUGGUAGGAUCUCAGACAGUGUAGAGGUCACAGAAGUGGUUGAGAAGAAAGACGAAGAGAAACCAAAUAAGGUCUAUGAAAUUGUGAAGACAAAACACACUUAUAAGCCUUUUGUAGAAGUAUUAAGCAAGCCAACACUAAAGAACAAACUGAGCCGAAGACAGUCGAAAAGACUGUCUCCAUCUGUUCCUCUGACGUUGGCACUCUUUUCGCUAGAUGAAAUGCAAGAUGAGCUUACUCCCCAGAUUCUAAAAAACAAAGCUUUAGAGAUAUGCGAACGAUUGGAAGUACCAACAACAAUAUUAAGCAAUGAAUAUGUUGAGCAGUUUGUUGUGCAAAGAAAUGUUGAAUUUACCCCGAUCUCCGCUAUCCUUGGAGGUGCGGUUGCACAGGAUGUUAUUAAUAUUUUGGGAAAAAGGCAGACGCCAUUAAAAAGUACAACUAUACUCGAUGGUAUCACUUUAGAUAUGCCUAUGUUCGAAUUUUGA